AUGAGGCUGCUCACGGCCGUCUUUCCCGCGUUUUUCUCUUUAGUAACGAUCGCCGACUGUCUCACGACCGGUAGAUUCUGCGAGCCCGAAACGGGAGAUGAUUUUCAACGCGCACACGUCGGGCUGAUUAUCUCGCCCAUAAUGUCCAAGAAAAUGAUACGCGAGAUUGAGAUUUACUGGAAUCACGCCAGGUACCAGCCGGGCGACACGAUAGCUUUGUACACGAGCGAACCCACCGACGACCUCGAGCCAAUUUAUACCCUGGUACCAAACGCGCCGAGCGGCAUCAAGAGGACCGGGCUGCAGGCCACGUUCGUUCCCACCUCGGACCUCAUGUUCGUGCAACAAUGUUUGAAGUACCACGUCGCCUGGUUGAGAAACAGCACGAUCAGGCUGACGAAUUGUAUGCGGACGCAACCACGUUGGAUGGCCGAGAGGAAGGACGUUCUGGGCUCCCUGUCGAUGAACAGGAUGUUCCUACCCGGCACGCACGAUUCUGCGUCGUAUGCGAUACACGAGAGGGCCAAUUCCGAGGAUAUCAUUCACAGAUUCGUGAUAACGCAGGACGUGGACGUGCUCGCACAACUGAUCCACGGGGUACGAUACCUGGACAUCAGAGUCGGCCACUACCCGUUCACCAACACGGUUUGGUGGGCUAAUCACGGGCUGUUCCGGGCCACUCCCAUGCAGAACGUCGUGGACCAAGUGAAGACCUUCCUCAACAACACGAACGAGAUCGUGAUAUUCGACGUGCAGGAGUUUCCUGUCGGUUUCGGUUCAGAACUGGGAAUACACCACGACUUCGUGAGAUAUUUGGAGGAACAGUUCGCCGGGUACUACUUGCCGAAGAGUUACGGCUGGAGCAGCACGCUCAACACGAUCUGGUCGUCCGGGAAGAGACUCAUCAUCGGUUACGACGAGAAACGCGUGGUUAGCCUUUACGGGAGCGUGUGGCCCUGCGUGACGCACCAGUGGGGGAACGUCAGGAACAUCCAGGACUUGUUCAAUUAUCUGAGCCACAUCGAGACCGAGAGUAUCGGACGUUUUAGAUCGACACCGAGGUCGGCGAUGGCGGAAUUAACGCCUAACACGUUGGACGUGAUCACGAACCGGCUCGGGGGCAUCCGCGAAAUGGCGGAGAAGGUGAACAUCAACGUCACCAACUGGUACAACAGCAAAUGGCAACGCACCGCGAACAUCGUCGCCGUCGACUACGUCCGCUCGUCCGGCAUCAUCGAGACCGCGAUCGAGUGGAACGAGAGACGGAAUUCGCAUUGCUAAGAGUCUCAACAUCGCGAAAUCUCAGAAAACCAAAGCAAAGUAUAAACGACCUAUAGUAAAAUAGUAACUCUGUUCUGUAACUUUUAACGACGAUGCCGUUAUCGUUACGUUGUCGCGCCUUUCCUGCCAUUAUAACUUCGCGACGGCAAUGUAACGACAACGUAUACUGUUAAGAUUUCCAAUCAGUUAGGUCGCUGGUUGUUUUACCUUUGGAUGAAUUUAUUUAAUGAAUAAAUAUUUGAAGAAUGUUCCCAUACGGAAAUAAACUACGAUACGAAUAAAUUACUGGUAUGUUACUGUACUGGAAAUUUUGUACUCUCGUAGUUUAUUUUCGUACGGGGACGUUCUUCAGAUAAUUAUUCAUUACAUAAAUAUAUCCGAAAGUAGAACAACCGAUCCUUAAACCUAUUCUAUAAUAUGUCGUAUGUCGGAACGCAGUGAAGAUCCAAUGAGAGAAUUUAUUUCUCGACUAAUUCUCUCAUCGAACUAUCGGCUGCAUCCCGACAGCGACAUGCGACUUAAGUCCAUGUUCCGGAUUCAUUUUUAUCGACGGAAGUGCUUUAAACGCGGCUUCUCAGCCAAUCGGGCGGUUCCUAAGCCACUUUUACAGACACUUUUAUCGAUGAAAGAGAGUUCAGGAUAUUGACGUUGUUGUGUAACAGGUCUACUGUUGCGCCGAAGGCGAGUCAACUUCGCGCCAGAGUAGUACUUAAUAAUUUAUUGUCCAGCUUGUAUCUUCCAAUGCGAAGUAUGCGCGUUACGAUUAUGCUGGUUCAUCAAUAAGAUAACAAUCGAAAAUCUA